GUAAACAAUGGAACUUCGCACGACACGUAUUUUCGAACGAUUUAGCACCACGGUAAGCAAAAACAAACAGCGUUAUGCAGAAUCUGACCCUACACAAGCCGACUUACAUGCCUUAGGAACAAGCUGGGUUGAACAGCAACUUCGCAGCUCUUGCAAUGAUGACGUAAUAAGCCAGAAAACAAAAGUGUGCGAUAGUUGGAAUUUCGACAAAAGUAAUGUAUCUCCGAACUAAGGUACUUGCCGCUUUAACUAGCUAAUUUCGAGCUUCCCAUCAGCUUUAGCAUGUCCUAUUUAGUAUGGAGUGAACUUAAGCAAAACUAAAAUGACUGCAUUGCUGCUCAAAACAAACAAAACUGCUUUCGAACAAAAAGUGCUGAAUCAGCAUUUCAACGGCCCCCUAGGCCUUAAUUGGUCUAGUGCGCAUGUGCUGAUUAAGAAGUGUCUGUACCAGGCGUUUAAUUUUCUCUGUUGGUUUUACUGUUUACUGUUUCUUUGGUAGAAGAAGGGAAGGAGAUGGAGCAGAGCCAGAUGGGGCCCUGCCGAAGACCGCAGCCAGCACCGUCUAAACGGCAGUAUCGACCAUUUAGAGAUCGGAUUUUUGCUAGUAUAGCAGUGCCUGAUACAGUUCCUGCCCACCCAAAACCCAGAUCGACAAGGCCUGCACAUUACAGAGUCAAUUGGGAUGAACAAAAAAUAAGAACUGCGCUUGAGGCGAUAUUCAGUGGAAUGACUUUGAGUAAAGCUGCUCAAAUGUACGGCAUCCCUAAAUCCACUUUAUUUGAUCACAAAAUAGGGAGGGUGUUGCCUGGUGCUAAAAGUGGACAUCCAACUAUAUUAACAGAAGAAGAAGAGGAAGAACUAGUGUCAUUUGUCAUUGAAUGUUGUGAAAUUGGCUACCCAAAAUCACGACAAGAUGUAAAUGUAAUGGCUCAGAAGGUAGUGACCAAACGAAUCCUUAUACCUCAUGACCUAUCAAAUGGAUGGUGGCAAGGCUUUUGUAGGCGCCACACCAUUCUAACAUUGAAGAUGGCAACCUCUCUCUCUAUUUCUCGUGCAAAAGCAUCGUCUCCAGAGAGUUUGAAGUGCUACUAUUCUUUGCUGGAACAGAUCUUGACAAAGUACGGCUUAACUAACGAUGCCGCAUUAAUCUUCAACAUGGAUGAAUCAGGAUUUCCCCUCGACCCAAAGCCCCUAAAAGGUGUUUUUGUCCGUGGAGAAAAGAACCCUUGCUCAGUGUCAUCCGGCAAUAAAGCUCAAAUAACAGUUGUAGGCUGUGUCAGUGCAGGUGGGCAAUGUUUGCCGCCGAUGAUUGUCUGGCCCCGAAAAACAAUGCCCCCAAGUUUAGCUGUUGGAGAAAUACCAGGCUCAGUUUAUGGGCUGAGUGACUCCGGGUGGAUGAAUCAGCAUCUCUUCUGCCGGUGGUUUAAACGCCACUUUCUGCGGUAUGCACCUGCUGCUCGACCACUGUUACUAUUACUGGAUGGGCACUCAUCCCACUAUUGUCCUGAAACCCUCAAGUUGGCCCAAGAAGAGGAAGUCAUUAUUCUAGCCUUACCACCUAACACUACACAUUUGACCCAACCUCUUGACAAGGGAGUGUUCGGACCGCUUAAAAUGAAAUGGAGGCAAGUGGUACACGAUUUUCGUGUCAGCCAUUCUGGUCAGGUUGUUAACCAGUACAAUUUCUGUCGACUCUUUAGCAAGGCCUGGAUUGAGGGAAUGACAGCUAUCAAUAUCUGUGCAGGUUUCAGAACAACGGGCAUACACCCUCUCAAUGCCGACAUCCUGAAGAUCCCAUGCCAGACCAAGACUGACCACAAGUUCAUUGACUCAGAUGAAAUGCAACCCUUUACACCUGCCAAAAGACAAGUUUUUUAUGAAGAUUGUUUUUCAUCUGACUCCUCAUUCAGCAGUGUUAGUGACUAUCAACAAAUUGAAAGACAAAAUACCAUAGAGAUGACGAACAUUGAAAACGUACCUCAGCGAAAAUUCAAAACUAAAUCAUCUGAUUGGGAAAAUGACCCAGAAAAUCUCAUUCUUACUUCUGAACAAAGUGUGGCUAAUGCCAAAGCGAAGAAAAGAGUUAAAGAUGUCAGAGAACAAAAGAAAGUCGAGAGAGAACAAAAGAAACUCACGACUCCAAAGGGCUCAAAGAAAAGAACAAGUAAAGCGAACGAUGUCCAUGAUGAAGAUGUCGUGAUAGUUGAGAUGAAUACUACGCCAUUGGACAAUGAAAAUCCGAAAGGUACCCAAGUAUCUGUAUACGGAUCGUCUUCCUCCCUCUCGUCAUGGAUUAGCAUCCUUGGUCUCUCUCAGAACGAUCAGCAGCUUUUAAGGAGUGGUCGAUGGCUAACAGCAAAUCAUAUGGCUGCAACCAAGUACUUGCUAAGAAAACAAUUUCCAUUACAGAACGGCCUUCAAGAUACCCAUCACCUUCAAGUCAAUCAUGUGUGGAGGUCGACCCCACAGGAGUUUGUUCAGAUGGUGUACGUCGAUCUGUCUCACUGGAUUUGUGUAUCAAACAUUGGUUGUGAUCAAGGGUAUGUUGAUGUUUAUGACUCCAUGAUAAUUAUCCCUGAAGAAGACAGCAGUGUUGUGCGACAAGUGUGUACCAUUCUGAAAACCCAAAACAAUGAUUCCAUCGGCAUCAACAUUGUUAACGUUCAACAACAGUUUGGUGGGGCUGAUUGUGGGCUUUUUGCCUCAGCUGUGGCAACAGAUCUCUGUUUCGAUAUCGAUCCUUCUACUGUUAGCUACCUACAGGCUGAGAUGAGGCCACACAUGGAACUGUGCUUUUCUAACAAAAACAUGAGCCGCUUUCCAUCAGUUGAUCGUACGGUCAAGAAGAGAGUACACGAAACAGUUCACUUUGAUAUCUAUUGUGUCUGUCGGCAACCUCAGGGUCUUCAACAAGUAGUCUGCUGUGACGAAUGUAACCACUGGUUUCACUCCGAUUGUGUUAUUGAGGACCACGUGGACUUAGAAUCGAUGGAGGAAUGGCGCUGUCAUUCUUGUCAUGUGACCACAGCACCUGAUACCACAGCUAUAGUGACCCCCCUCUAGUUCCCUCUGUAACUCUUGGGUCAGACGAUGGUGUAACUGCCCCAAGAAAGGGUGUGGGUAAGACGAUGAGCACUCGCAGCAAGAAGUCUCAUGUGACAACUGCACCUGAUGUCACUGCACCUGAUGCCACAGCUAGUGACCCCCCUCUAGUUCCCUCUGUAACUCUUGGGUCAGACGAUGGUGUAACUGCCCCAAGAAAGGGUGUGGGUAAGACGAUGAGCACUCGCAGCCAGAAGUCUCAUGUGACAACUGCACCUGAUGUCACUGCACCUGAUACCACAGCUAGUGACCCCCCUCUAGG